AUGGCGCAGAGGCAACACGGGCUUCAGCGGCCGUUCGAUUCGCACCAGGUCGGCUCGUGGGUGCUCAUCGGCUGCUUCCUCGGCCUCUUUUACGGGCUGUACUUGCCCCUGCAUCUCAACACCGCCGCUGGGAUCGCUCUCAUCGCACUGUAUUCGGCGUCGGCGGGAUCCGCGCUGGUGUUUGGGUUCCUUACGACCCACACCGACGCGGCUGACCCGGCCGUCAUCGCCAAGCGCGUCGGCCCGCCCACCGUGUCUGGCCCGGGCGCGGGGAUAAACUACUGCUACCUGUGCGAGGUGGGGGUGGCGAAGCGGACGCGGCACUGCCGGCGGUGCGACAAGUGCGUGGCGAUCUUCGACCACCACUGCCCGUGGGUCAACACCUGCAUAGGGGAGGGCAACUACCGCUACUUCCUCGCCAUGCUCGCUGCCGUCGGCGCGAUGACGGCGCUGCAGCUCGCGACGGCGGUGCAGGCCUGCGUUGGGCUAACCGACUCGUCCUUCGUGCGGGACGUGGAGGACACGUACGGCGGGAUGCCGUCCGCCGUGUACGCGGUCCUCAUGGGACUGACCGGGCUCGCGGCGCUCGCGGCCUUUUUCCUCGUCUCGCAGCUGCUCUUCUUCCACCUCGGCCUCAUCCACCGCGGCGUCACCACCUACGAGUUUAUUGUCGCCCAGCGCCGCAAGGCGGCGCAGCAGCCGGAGCGGCCGUCCUCGCGCUGGCAGAGAUGCAACGACGAGCUGCAGAAGAACGCGCCCUGCCUGUCGAUGUGCCAACUCUGCUGCGAGGAGGCGAUGCAGAAGCGCGCCGCCCGCCGCAAGCAGGCCUCCGUGCGCCCGCGACCCGUCAGCGGCACGCAGAUGUCUUCCCUGCCGCAGCGGCCCGGCACGUCCAAGCGGAUGAGUGGCUCCGCGCCUAGCUCCGCGUCAGACGCACCGCCCGGCUCGGCGCGACGAGGGAACGGCGCGGCCAGUUCCGCGCCGAGCCCCGCCCCAGCGUGAAGGCGGGACGGCUUGUAUAUUCGCGGCGCCGUCGUCGUUUGUGUGUCGACCGCACGCGCCUUCGGCCUUGUGGCCGCGCCGCGCGUCCUCUCUCCAUCCCCCGGGGACGUCGCUUGUGUGUUCGGAUAUUUACCACGAGUCACCCAUU